AUGGGGGGGCGGCGAGAGGGCGGGGUCGGGGGAGGAAGGAAGAUGGCGGACCGGUUGACGCAGCUGCAGGACGCCGUCAACUCGCUGGCAGAUCAGUUUUGUAACGCCAUCGGCGUCCUGCAGCAGUGUGGCCCUCCCGCCUCCUUUAGCAACAUCCAGACGGCCAUUAACAAAGAUCAACCCGCCAACCCCACCGAAGAAUAUGCCCAGCUCUUUGCAGCCCUGAUUGCGCGAACAGCUAAGGACAUCGACGUGUUGAUCGAUUCGUUGCCCAGCGAAGAAUCUACGGCAGCUUUGCAGGCCGCAAGCUUGCACAAGCUGGAGGAUGAGAACCACGAGGCCGCUACCUGUUUGGAAGACGUGGUCUACCGGGGGGACCUGCUUCUGGAAAAGAUCCAGAGCGCGCUCGCUGACAUCGCCCAAUCCCAGCUGAAGACCCGGAGCGGCCCCCACAGCCACGCCGUGCCAGACUCGUAGCCGGGGGCCCCCGCUGACCGGACGAACUCUCUAAAGGCUCGAAAUCCGCCCUGCGGCUUGGAGCCACGGGAGCCGCGGCUCCAUUUCCAGAAACAUCAAGCCCCGUGACAGCCGUUUAAUCGAUCUGCUAGCCCGACCCUUCCCAGACCCGUGGACGGAACGAUCUUAUAAAACGCUAAAAAUCUC